CGGAGCUCCUCCCUCCCCCCCGGCCUGCGAACAACAUGGAGAUAGAUGACCAGCACUACGAAGGCUCUCUGUUCCCCACCUCCACCCUCAUCCCUGUUACCGUCAUCUGUAUCCUCCUCUUCCUGGUCGGCGUGUUGGGAAACAGCAUGACCAUCCUCAUCAUCCAGCGCUUCAAGGAUAUGAAGACCACCACUAACCUGUACCUCUCCUCAAUGGCUGUGUCCGACCUCCUCAUCUUCCUCUGCCUGCCCUUUGACCUCUACCGUCUGUGGAAGUACGUCCCCUGGUUGUUUGGGGAGGUGGUGUGCCGUCUGUUUCACUACGCCAACGAGGCCUGUACAUACGCCACCAUCCUCCACAUCACCGCCCUCAGCAUGGAGCGAUACCUGGCCAUCUGUUUCCCCCUCAGAGCUAAAGUUGUGGUGACCAAACGCAGGGUGCAGUACAUCAUUGUGGCUCUAUGGACUUUUGCUCUGCUCUCUGCUGCCCCCAUGCUGUUUCUGGUAGGUGUGGAGUAUGACAACGACACACACCCGGACUACAGUACGAGACAGUGUAAACAUACCAACUAUGCCAUCAGGUCAGGGCAGCUGCACACAAUGAUCUGGGUCUCCACUACGUAUUUCUUCUGUCCCAUGUUCUGCCUGGUUUUCCUGUACGGCUCCAUUGGACGGACGCUGUGGAAGAGUAAGAACGACCUGCAGGGUCCCAACGCCAUGGCCCGGAAGAGGUCGCACAGACAAACCGUCAAAAUACUGGUGAUGGUAGUCCUGGCGUUUGUGAUCUGUUGGCUACCCUAUCAUAUCGGCCGUAGCCUGUUUGCCCAGGUGGAUGACUACGAGGAGGCAAAACUCAGCCAGGACUUCAACAUAGGCUCCAUGGUCCUCUGUUACCUCAGCGCCUCCAUCAACCCUGUCCUCUACAACCUCAUGUCCAGGAAGUACCGCGCCGCCGCUCGCCGCCUCUUCCUGCUAAGACACGAGCCCCACCCCCGACGCUAUGGUAACAACAACCAUCGACCAACCGGACAGAGACAACAGCUGUCCCUCAGAGAAGAAACCACCACACUGGACGAUACCAUGAUCGGAGUGUAG